AUGUUUGUUAACAAUCGAUUGGAACCGCAACUACAUACAGCGCAACAUGUGCAAAUAAAGGAAAAUUCUCGAAGCAACUAUUUUCAGGGUUUUUUACCGAGCGAAAUCAUAGGGGAUCAAACACUUGAUCAGUGCUUUGAUAAGGGCAGAGUUGAUUGCGUGCCUAGAGCCGAUGUUGUGCUGAUUAACUUCGAUAACGAACCAAACGAUCCAUGGGCUAUAGAUCAGAUCGAUGUCGACGUGUCGUUCAUCCUCGAAAACUCAAUGGAGGACCGGCACGACUGGCAUUUUGAACAUUCUGUUCUAGUCCCGUGCAUUUCAUGGAUGAAAGGUGCCCACACGUAUCAAAUCGGUCCUCGCAACGGCCUCUUCAUAGAACACGAGUUCUCGUACAGCCCAGAAAUAGGAGGAAGGAUCAGAGACUGGGUGUAG